AGGCGGCCUGUGGGACGCCGCGCAGCCUCUCGCUCCUCAGCGCGGGGUUGCCGCCUAGAGGGGAGCCUGCCGGGCUCGGGGCUGAGGGCUGCCUCCUCAUGUGCCCGCGAGCGGCUGCUCGGCUCCAGUGAUGGAUCGCAGCUCGAAGAGGCGGCAGGUGAAGCCCUUGGCAGCUUCCCUGCUGGAAGUUUUAGAUUAUGACAGUUCAGAUGACAGUGACUUUAAGGUUGGAGAUGCUUCAGAUUCUGAAGGCAGUGGACAUGGCAGUGAAGAUGGAUCAAAGGAUAGCGGCGAAGGUUCCUGUAGUGAUUCAGAAGAACAUAUAUUGGAGGAAGAGCUGGCAGAAGAAGAAAAAGUAGAGGAAGAACAACCUAAAAGCUCAGGUGGAGAAGAGCUGCCCAUAACGGAGAAAGAGGUGAUUAAAACUGAGAAAGAGGAAGAGGAGGAGGAGGAGGAGGAGGUGGAUGGAGAAGAGAAGUCUAGAAAGAAAAAAGAGAAAGAGAAACCCUCAGAAGUGGAUGCUGGCAUUGAUGAGCAGACAAAUGAACCCAAAAAAUGGAAUUUGCGAAGAAACCGCCCUUUGCUAGAUUUUGUUUCCAUGGAGGAGCUGAAUGACAUAGAUGACUAUGACAGUGAAGAUGACAAUGACUGGCGUCCAACUGCUGGGAAGAGGAAGGGGAAAAACACACUACGUAAAGAGGGAAGUGAUGCAGAUAACGAGGAUGAUGAAGAUGAUGGGAGCGGGAGUGAGGAGGAUGACAAUGAAGAGGAAGGCAAUGAGGAAGAGGAGGAGGAGGAGAACAGCAGUACUGCUAGUGAUGGCGGAUCCAAGAAGAAAAAAGCGAAAGCUCUUAGCAGAAAUAGUGCUGAUGAGGAGGAGCUGACAAAUGAUAGCCUGGCCCUUUCACAAAGCAAGAGCAAUGAGGACUCGCUGAUUCUUGAGAAAUCUCAGAAUUGGAGCUCUCAGAAAAUGGACCAUAUUAUGAUUUGCUGUGUUUGUCUUGGGGAUAAUAGUGAAGAUGCUGAUGAAAUAAUCCAGUGCGACAAUUGUGGAAUAACAGUGCAUGAAGGUUGUUAUGGUGUUGACGGCGAAAGUGAUUCUAUUAUGAGCUCCGCUUCAGAAAACUCCACUGAACCAUGGUUCUGUGAUGCCUGCAAAUGUGGUGUUUCUCCGAGCUGUGAACUCUGCCCCAACCAAGAUGGAAUCUUCAAGGAGACGGAUGCUGGCAGAUGGGUCCACAUUGUUUGUGCACUCUAUGUUCCAGGAGUAGCAUUUGGAGAUAUUGACAAACUGCGGCCAGUUACUCUUACAGAAAUGAACUAUUCCAAAUAUGGUGCUAAGGAAUGCAGUUUUUGUGAAGAUCCCCGUUUUGCCAGAACUGGCGUUUGCAUUAGUUGUGAUGCUGGGAUGUGCCGAGCAUAUUUCCAUGUGACUUGCGCUCAGAAGGAAGGCCUGUUGUCAGAAGCAGCAGCUGAAGAGGAUAUUGCAGAUCCCUUUUUUGCUUACUGCAAGCAACAUGCAGACAGGAUGGAUAGAAAGUGGAAGCGCAAGAACUAUUUGGCUUUGCAAUCUUAUUGCAAAAUGUCUUUGCAGGAGAGAGAGAAACAACUGUCACCAGAAGCUCAGGCCCGAAUUAAUGCCAGACUACAGCAGUAUCGUGCUAAGUCAGAAAUAGCACGUACCACGAGGCCGCAGGCGUGGGUACCAAGGGAGAAACUGCCACGGCCGCUCACUAGCAGCGCUUCAGCAAUACGUAAGCUGAUGCGCAAAGCAGAAUUAAUGGGAAUUAGCACAGACAUCUUUCCAGUGGAUACUUCAGAUACCAGUUCCAGUGUGGAUGGAAGAAGAAAACACAAACAGCCAGCCCUGACCGCUGAUUUUGUCAAUUAUUAUUUUGAGAGAAACAUGCGCAUGAUCCAGAUCCAAGAAAAUAUGGCAGAACAGAAGAAAAUUAAAGAUAAGCUGGAGAACGAACAGGAAAAACUUCAUGUAGAAUAUAACAAGUUGUGUGAGUCUUUAGAAGAACUUCAGAACGUGAAUGCAAAGCUGCGAAAUGAAGGACAAGGAAUAUGGGCUGUGCUUGGUAGAAUAAUUGGGCAGAAAUUGAACAUACCAGCAAUUUUGCGAGCACCCAAGGAAAGAAAGCCGAGUAAAAAGGAGGGUGGAACCCAGAAGACUACAACCCUCCCUGCAGUUCUCUAUAGUUGUGGGAUUUGCAAGAAGAACCAUGAUCAACACCUCCUUUUGCUGUGUGAUACUUGUAAACUCCAUUAUCAUCUUGGAUGUCUGGACCCUCCACUUUCAAGGAUGCCAAGGAAGACUAAAAACAGUUACUGGCAGUGUUCAGAGUGCGACCAAGCAGGUAGCAGUGACAUGGAAGCCGACAUUGCCAUGGAAACUUUACCAGAUGGAACUAAGCGAUCAAGGAGACAGAUUAAGGAGCCAGUGAAAUUUGUUCCACAGGAUGUACCCCCAGAACCAAAGAAGAUUCCUGUCAGAAACACGAGAACUCGAGGACGAAAACGAAGCUACAUUCCUGAAGAAGAAAAACCUGAGGAACGUAUUCCGAGAGAAAGAAGACAGAGACAGUCUGUAGUACAAAAGAAGCCUAAGUCUGAAGAUUUAAGAACCGAAUGUGCCACAUGUAAGGGAACGGGGGAUAAUGAAAAUCUAGUCAGAUACUCUUCAUGAGACACUACUCUGCCACAACUCAUCCCCGGAGGCAGUCCUGGAAACUACUUUUAUAAAUGUGAUUUUAAGCUGUGGAUAAGACUUUCAAUAGAACACAAACUAAAGGAAAACAGUGUAUUUAUCCCUUCCAUAUUCCUAGUUAUGACAAAUACUUGAGUUUGCUUGCCAGGUCUUGUAGAAUGUAACCGAUUGGUAUGUUACUUGAACUGACAAGGCAGUUAAUUUACUUGAAUUUUUUUUUCCUUUGCACUAAUCAGGCACAUUGGUAUGUGCAUUUCUGGAAAAUACUGGAUAAAUGUCUUGUCUGAAAUGUUCUAUUAAGUAAUUUUGUCUCCCAUUGCUAGUCCUUGGCAAAUGAUGAUGUACAGUAUUUAGAGCCACUGAAGAGUGACAGGAGCCUAUGGGACUUAAAUACUUUAUGUGAUGUUGUUGAAUAGGAAAAGCAAUGCUUUGUCAUUUGUUGGCUGCUCUACUUUUUGUGCCUCUUAAUAAGCAAAUUCUUAUAUAAAUGUGUUGAAGAGCUAUAUGUAAAAGGCUUGUUUCUGUAAAAGUGUUCAGUAUAGUGGCAAUCAGACAUCUGUAAAAAAACAUUUCAUACAUUUCUCAUGAUGAAGUAAGUUUUGCUAUAUAAUAAUUGACUUUGUGCCUAUUAGUAUGUUAAGUUGAAAGAGUCACUGAGUGAACACAUUUGGCUUGAGAAGAGGGGAACCCAAAUCUUGUGGCUUUGUCUCGGUGGGUUUGUGUGUUCUGGACUGGGGGUGCUUCCUUUGAAAGCCAGCAACAAUUCCUAUACAGUAAGCCUGCAACAUAUGUAGAAGUUACGUUCUGGGUGUUGUACCUAAAGCCAAAAUUGUAUGUAUGCAAUACACAUUGUGUUCAGCAGUGGGUGGGUUUGCCAAACCCUUUUUCUACUGUACAGACAGUCCCUUCCCACCCUAUUAUUAUUAUUAUUAUUAUUAUUAUUAUUAUUAUUAUUAUGACAAGCAGGUAUAGCUGGAUAUGAACAAGUUAAAUGUGCAUAAGUUGUGGGCUUACAGCAUGGUAAUUUGGGAAAGAACAAAAAGCUGGUCAACCAGUGUUACUGAUCAAGACAUACCCAGUAGCAGUCUGUGUUUCUGUUUAAGACUUGUAAUUUUUUCAGAUAAUUUACUAGACAGCAUAAGCAUUUGAAAUGCUUAUUUUUGCCCUUCUUUGAACAAAGCUGUUUGUGCAUUUGUACCUGUAACAUUGAAGUAUAUAAGUUGCGAUCCAACAAAGAUACUCAUGGGGCUGGUAGAACUACAAGGUUCCUUUGAAAUAUUCAUUGCUCAAAGUAUUCCAGUCGUCAUUGUUGAAAAAGCAAGCUGCAUUUUAAAGUGAAAUUUGGCUUGGCUCUUCUGCAGUACAGGAAAUGUCAAAGAACCCUCCCACUAGGUGGGUGUCUUCCUUAUGCACACUAAUCACUUUGUUGGAUCACAGCCAUUGUAUUGAAAAUCAUUGGGUAUAUGAAAAUACGGCGGUAUCUUGGAGCAUUUUGCAAGGUAUAUUUUAUAACCAGAGUUAUAAACCUGGAAAUUAGAAUAAUAAUAGCUGUAUAAAAUAACAGGAAAUGAUACAUUAGUGUAUUUUCAUGGUUAUGGCUAGACACUGUAUCAUAUUUGGAUAUGUUCAAUAAAAUAACUAGAUCUCCUUGGUUA